AGUUUUUCCCAAAAUUUUUUGGAAGCCAUAUUUGCAGGAAAUGAAACCAGGGAAGCUACUGAAAAUAAGACCUUAGAAAAACAAAUUUACGAUCCUGCACCGAAUAUGGCUGUUGUGCCGAUGGCAGUCACAAGUGAGAACGACUUGACGUUCGUUAAGACAUUGCCUAAAGAGCGAAAAGUAAGCUUCAGGAUGAGCAUCUUUGAUAAACUCAUGACAAAACAAGAAGAUUCUACAAAAAAAAACGAUGCGAAGCCAAGCAAUGGCAGACCCGUAGAUGACAUAAGCGAAGAGGAUGGUCAGGGAGUAACGGAAAAUGGGCAACAAAAGUCAGAAGAAUACAACCAAGGUCACGAACUGAACUUUGGUCUUGUCAAUCAAGGAUUCGAUACAAAAGAAACACAGUUUAACCAACAUUCUCAAGAUGUUAGCCAGGAUGAGGGAAAAGCUGUGCCAUCUGUUGCUUCUGAUAUUGAAUCUGCUCAACCACCAACAUUCGUUAAGACAUUGUCUAAAGAGCAAAAAGUAUGCUUCAGGAUGAGCAUCUUUGAUAGACUCAUUACAAAACAAGAAGAUUCUACAAAAGAAAACGAUGCGAAGCCAACCAAUAGCAGACCCGUAAAUGACAUAAGCGAAGAGGAUGGCCAGGGAGUAUUGGAAAAUGGACAACAAAAGUCAGAAGUGUACAACCAAGUUUACAAACUGAACUCUGGUCUUGACAAUCAAGGAUUCGAUACAAAAGAAACACAGCUUAACCAACAUUCUCAGGAUGUUUGCCGAGAUGAGGGAAAAGCUGUACCAUCUGUUACUUCUGAUAUUGAAUCCGCUCAACCACCAAAACCAAAGGCAGCGAAAACCUGGCUCAAAGAUCCUCAUUUGUACAAGGUCGCAAUUAUUUACGCGUGCACAAAGGGUUCAGAGGAUGUGUUUUACGCUUACCUGCCCUUACUCCUGACUGACAAACUGAAAUUUGAAAAAGAAGCGAUUGCCAAUCUGCCAUUGAUAUUGUUAGCGAGUGCCACAUUGUCCACUCAAAUAUCAAGGAAGCUCUCUGGAAAAAUAGGAGAAAAGUGGUCCUUCAUUGUGGCUGCUCUGACCGUGACUGGAUCGUGUUUGUGGUUUCUGCGUAUUAACCAGUCAUCGAGAGUGUUCACUUACCCAGCCGUCGUUCUACUGGGGUUUGGGUCCUCCGCCAUGUUUGUUAACGCACUUGGCUUUGCAACAGAACUCAUUGGAGACAACAAAGGCAGCUCUGGUUUUGUGAUUUCUGUCGUAGGUACCACCUCCAAUCUGACCUCAGGGACUCUUUAUAUUGUCAUACAAGUUUUAUUUCCUAGAGGAAGUGCAUCUGCCGAUUGCCAAGAGUGUGGGAGUUACGUACAAAAUGUGUUCUCAUUCGUGCCCAGCUCACUCGCUACUUUUAGCUUGCUGCUUGUAAUGAUUUUUCAAGUUCACCUGACAGUCUGCGGGAAAGAAGGAACCGAAAAGGAGACCGGAACAGACUCAGGCUUUACAACUCAUCUGUAAUGUAUUGUUAGAAGAAAUAACAUGUUGAGAUGCUGGCUGGCUGAACUUGAUGGCAUUUAAUUACGUUUACCUCAUUUAUAUUCUCUAUGAUAAUGACAGUAAUUUCAAGCUUGUGUUGCAGUUCUCUUUUUUUUUCUCACUAAUGAACUUGGCGCUUGUGAGCGGACUGUCAGUAUCGCAGACCGAUUAUCUUCUGAUAAUUUUUUUUACAAAAAAUGGACAGAUUUGAGCAUUUUUCAUUGAAAAUUCUGUCUCGUGAAAAAAAGU